UGGUAUUUCAGGAGGAUUGCCCUAACGGGCACACUGCAAAUAAUACAAUAUUUUCGUAGGAGUUUUUUGGAUUUAUGUAGGUUUAUUUGGUUUUUAAAACAUGUCACUUGGCAAUGCCGAUCCCUGGCACUUGAAAAAUACUAUAGUUAAGCAAGGAAUCUCCGGGUCCGCGAAUAAUAGCGAAAGUUUUGAGGACAACUUCACGCCCUUGCCCUCUGGAAACGAGAGCAACGUCCAAAAGGACGGGAAAAUCGAGCCCCUUCCGGAUUCCAGCGACUAUUUAAAGCUACUUGAGCGGAAGCUGGCCCGGGUGCAGAAGGGCAACAAGUUGUUGGACAACCUGCGAGACAAGCGGCAGGAUUGCAUGCGGGGAUUGCUGUCUUCGGAGGGAGUGCCCAUUUCCAUUUUCGAGCAGUUCCUUGAGCUAGACGCGCCCAUCGAAAGCGGUCGCCUCCAUCGGCACCUGCUGCCCGUUCAGGCCGUAAACGUGGGCGAAACUUUCCACAUAGUGGAGCACGACGCUCUGCAGCAGUCGGCAGAAGAAGCUCAGGAGGAGGAGUAGGAGGAUAAGCCCUCGGUUGAGCAUUAACAAAAUCACAAUGGAAUCCACGUUCGGUAAAGUCUUCAUGUUUCUCACGGACCUCGCUUGGAAAAGUCGUCUCACCAUCCCUGUCAUAGUCACAACUGCAUUUCUCGUCAUGGACAUCCGCCUGCAGAUCGAGAUCAACAUUCAGUCCGGGCAAUUUAAUGCCAGCGAUGUGGACGACGUUCAGGAUGGCCUCGACGAUCAGUUUAGGAUGCACGAUCACUGGUCGGACGACGAAAGCGGCAGUGACAUCUAUACAGAUGAGGAGUACACAAACGACGAUGGCAACAGCGAAGCGUCCCACUACAGCGUGGACAUCUACGAUCCCUGGGGGUCAGAAGACGAGGUAGACGCGAGCUAUUCGCGAAGGAUGCGGUUCUAAGACACAAUAUAAAUUCUACAUAGGUGUAAGCGAGAGUAACUAGCUUUAUAGCUUAUGUACAUUCAGUAAUGUCGAGCCCCUAUUUAUUCAUCUCAAACAGUCAUAUUAAACAAAGGUAUUUAAGUGC